AUGUCGUCGUUUCAACGAUCUGUCACUCUGGUUCUCCUCCUGUUGAUGAUCAGUGCCCACCAUGUGGCCUUGGGAGCGCUCCCUCCGUGGGCUGUGGAAGAAAUGAAAGCAGAAGCGCAAGAAGUCUUGCUGAUAUCCGUCGCGGCAGUCGACGAAAUAGUAAGCGCUGGUCAAGACCAAUGUCAGACAGACUACGACAUUACCGCCCGCGUACUCAGCGUCAAUGCCACGCAACAACUAUUGACCGCACAAGACACGGUUGCAUUUGCAUCCUACGUGAGGGAUUUUCAAAGUCCCGAUUGUGUGGGAUGGGUCGGUCCCAAACUACCGCCCGUCCUGGAACCGGGAUGGUGCGGAUACGUGUACCUCAACAAGGCAGAGGAGGCAGGCAACAACAAUAGAUUCCUAUUGGCGACCUAUGGAGACAGUUUCGUGGCCCUCGACACAACAAUCUGUGCAACGAUACUUGCCGAAAUGGACGUGGGUGCUACUCAAGACUCGGAAGAGAGUCCAAGUGGUGAUACUACUCAAGAGGAGCUGUAG